UUUACGCCAGUGCUACCACCGGUGGGUCUUCGGUUCAGCGGGAGUGACGGGCGCUGUUGCUGAUCCAUCGCUGACAAAUUCCUCCCUUUUUUUUCUUCCCCCUCCCUCUCCCCUUUAUCGGGACGCCAAGAACAAGAACAAACCCCCCGAAAAAGGCACCACCAUGGCGGACAGAGAGAACUUAGUGUAUCAGGCUAAACUCGCCGAGCAAGCGGAGCGAUAUGACGAAAUGGUGGAGUCGAUGAAGAACGUGGCCGGUAUGGACGUGGAGCUGACAGUGGAGGAGAGGAACUUGCUGUCGGUAGCGUACAAGAACGUGAUCGGAGCCAGAAGAGCCUCUUGGAGGAUAAUCAGCAGCCUCGAACAGAAAGAAGAAAACAAAGGCGGCGAAGACAAACUAAAGAUGAUCAGAGAAUACAGGAAAACGGUUGAGAAAGAGCUGAAAUCAAUCUGCAACGACAUCCUGGAUGUACUGGACAAGCAUCUCAUCUUAGCUGCAACCACGGGAGAAUCUAAGGUUUUCUACUACAAAAUGAAGGGAGAUUACCACAGGUACCUGGCAGAGUUUGCCACGGGCAACGACAGGAAGGAGGCAGCAGAGAACAGUUUGGUAGCGUAUAAAGCUGCUAGCGACAUCGCCAUGAUCGAACUCCCUCCAACACACCCUAUUCGUCUGGGAUUGGCCCUUAACUUUUCCGUUUUCUAUUAUGAAAUCCUCAACUCACCAGACCGUGCUUGCAGGUUGGCGAAGGAAGCGUUUGACAAUGCCAUCGCAGAACUAGACACGCUGAGCGAGGAGAGCUAUAAGGACUCAACACUUAUCAUGCAGUUGCUACGUGACAACUUGACACUAUGGACCUCAGACGUGCAGGGAGACGGUGAGAGUGAAGAACAGAACAAAGAAGCACUGCAAGAUGCGGAGGAAGAGGCCCAGUGAGACUGAACAACACGAGACAAAUCCUUCCUCUUCUUCUUCCCUUAAUUUCUGUCCUCCCAACACUAGCUCCUGUUCCCCAGCCACAGUUUUCAACUGGGUUUAUACUUCAGCCCACUCCCUCUCUCUCUGUCUCUUUCUCUCUCUUUGUCUUGUCCAUUUCCUCCCACCUGUCUCACCCUUUUGUCCUCGUAUGCACGUCAUCUCCCAGUCCCCUCAGGACCCGCUUGGGUCAUUAUUUCCACUUCCCCCGGGGGUUUUACCUUUUUUUUGUUGUUGUUGUUGAUGUUGUUUUGACUCAGUUUGCAAGCCCGUACCCUUUAAAGGUUCAUGUCCUCUUUCACUGUUUUAAUUUUUGCUUUACUUUGCUGUAUCAUCUUUGUUGCCAAGUACGCUUGCCUGUAUUUGUAACACACACAUAUGCAAGAGUUUAUUUAAAGACAAAACUUUGCUGUUCAACUUUUUUUUUUUUUCUUCCUGUGUAUGUGUGUUUAUGAACAAUAAAUACUGUCCAUGCCUCGGUCAGUCGGUCAGUUUUGAAACAGUUCAGUUUGCAAAUUGAGGAAAUAUAGCGGUAAUGUGAGGUUUAAAAUGGAUGCAUUAAAGCUUUUUAGGAAGAACUAAGUGCCCUCUCUUUACUUUGUGGUUAUAAAAAUCUGCUCCUUCAACACAUCAAUAGAUUUUUUCUUUUUCUUUUUUAAUGACAAACAGCAGAAUGUCCCCCCGUCUCCGAGCAUCACUCUGACCUCUCCUCUCAUGUCCACUCGUGGACCAAGUAUUGUGCUGCAAGGCUGUAGUGCUUUUGCUAAUGGCAGAUAGCUAGGUAAUGGCUUUUUAGCAGACAAAGUGUGUGUGUGUGUGAAUGGGUGUGUGUGUGUGUGUGUGUGUGUGUGUGUAUGUAUACGUGGGAGGGGAAUGCUCAACACUCUUUGAUUGUAAUGUAAUGCAGUUUUGCAUUGGCACUAUAUGGGAAAAAAAGUUUGGGAAAUAGAGGCCUGCUGUAUCUUUACCCCCCCCCCCCCCCCCCCCUUGCCCCUACCUCCCUUUGACUCUUUCAGGUUUUCCUCGUCUCAACUCUUCGUCUCUCUUUCCUCUCAUUUCCUCUCUUCCUUCUGUUCAGUAUGUGUAACGUAAAUCUGAUUUGUACUACUGGGUAUUCUCACCGGAGCCACAAGUACCAUCUGUAUUCUUACUGAAACACAGCAUGGAAUUAACAUUAAACUUCAAACUGAAAAAUGUUAAA